AUGAGCCCCGGUCUCCCGCAGCGUGGUCUCUGGCUCAUCGACAUGGAUGACUUUCAGGUGGGACACGACUUCAUGAUGGCGCAGGACUUCGCGGGAUACGAAUCCACGAUGGCGCCCGACUGGCCGGCGACGCUUGCCUUCGAGAUACAAAUGUCGCAGGCAGCCGCUCUGGGCCAGGUGGACGUGUUGCCGAAGGACGCUCUCGGCCAAGUGGACAUGUUCUCGACGGCCGCUCUCGGCUGCGAAGGCUCCUUUUCGUCGGGCACUCUCAACGCCUUGCAGCCAUCUGCGGCAGAUGUCGACUCAACUGCACCAGCCAGCGACGAUGCGAGCUCUCCGGGCACGACCGACCUCGAGGACUCUUCCGACGGGACGUCACCCAAUUCCGAGGCACCCUUCGACAUGCCCUCGUCUGAUAGCUCGUUCGCUCUGAGUAACAAGCAAUUGCUCGAGCUGUGCGCCAUGGGAGACAUGUCCGCACACGCGGGCGACGCGGGCACAGCCGAUGAGGCCGCAUACAGCGGCGUACCGCAGCAGGACGCCGACGCAGGCGCACCUCAGCAGCAAUUCGGCGACGGAGUGGGUAUCGAUCCGCGCAAGACCCUCCUGUCGGCACCUGCUGCGGCCAACCAAACAGCGUCAAGGCCUGAACGCCUCGACGAUGAUGAGAGCCACAAGCCGCCGUCCCACCGUCGCAUCAAGUGCGGGCCGUGCAACAAGGUUCUUGAAGGCGGCGUGAAAAGCAUUCCCCUCCACGUCAGGAGCAACCGUCACCUUCGCAACAUCGGCGCGAAGGACUGGCUCGAGCGCCAUUCCUGUCUCUUCUGCAAGAAGGGCCUUCGCCUCAGGUCGUUCACGCGCAAAGCGACUCUGAAGCGCCACAUCAUGGCGCACCACCCCGAGCUUCUGACUGUCACGGCCGAUGGGAGUUACACGGUGCCCGACGAUAUCCUGGAGCAAGGCAAAGUCAAGCCGCCUAAGUGAGGAGCGUGCACGAUCGGCCGCCCCUUACGACGACUCGGUCACAAGUCUUUCGAUUCUCUCCGCCUGCUCCGCUCCGCUCAAGGCUCGACCUCUCGACACACGUCCCUCAAAGGCUUGACGCCUUCCUACUCUGCGCUACCCUCUUCAAGCCUCGCGCUCAGAACGCAUCACCGCUCCCUCCCCUCCUCGACGAGGUUCGCCAUCAUCCGCACGCCGACGCACUCUGCUGCAUCGCAGCGAGUGGUGUCCUGAUGGAGGCGAACUUCUUCGGGCAGCUGAGGGUGCCGUGCCGCGUUCUCGACGUC